UUGGGUUCUUCGAGAAAAUCUCCGGCUGAAAAUGGCGGAUUCAACUGCGGACGCGACGGCAUCAAACGCCGAUACUCUGAGGCUGGAGUUGCACAAGGUACUGACGGAGAUUUUCUACGACGGAGUAGGUAAAGAUCGCGGUGAGACUGAAGGAAGUUCCGGAGUCUUGAAAGCAAUCGAUGAGGCUGUUAUUAGAAUCCUGGAUUGUAUGAAGAAAGUAGAAUCAAAGAAACCGGAAUCUGAUAUUUCUCCGGUGAUAGUUCCGAAAGAGUUUAUAUGUACACUCUCGAACAAGAUCAUGAUCGAACCUAUGACCAUUGCUUCUGGCCAGACUUAUGAAAACAGAUGCAUCACAGAGUGGCUGAAGCACAAGCGUACAUGCCCCAAAACCAAAGAAAUCCUCUCUCAUGUGUGGUUGACGCCGAACCAUUUGAUAAAUGAGUUGAUUACGCAAUGGUGUCUCUUUAACAAAGUUGAUCGGCCAAAACCAUCUGAUGAAAUAGUCAUUAAAGUGUUCACUGAUGACCUGGAGCCAUUGCUUCAGCGUAUUUCCUCUCCAUCCUCGGUUGCAGAUCAGAUAGAAGCUGCGGAAGAGCUUCGCCGCCAGACCAAGAAAUAUGACAGUGCCUGUGUCUUCUUUGUCACGGAACUCCCUGAUUCGGUCACCAGGUUGCUCACUCCGCUGCUCUCCGAUGACGUAGACUUGAAUCCUGAGCUUCAAGAGAAUAUCAUCACAUCAUUGUUCAACAUCUCGAAUCUUGAGAAUGUGAAGAAUCAAAAAGUAAUUGCUGAAAAUCCUCUUGUGAUCCCUCUGCUUACAAAGUCUUUGAAGAAGGGGACAGUUCUGACACGAAGAAACGCUGCAGCGACUUUAGCGUCCCUUGCAGACAUUGAUUCUAAUAGGAACAUCAUCAGGAACUCGGAAGCACUCAAGGCUCUGAUAGAUGUAAUCGGGGAAUGGGGUGACUGUGAAGCUGGUAACGCUGUUUUCAAACUCUGUUUUGGAUUGGAGAACAAAGAAAAGGCGAUAUCAGCGGGUUUGAUUCCCGUACUAAUCAAAAAUAUCAAAGCAGGAAGAAAUGCGUGUGAGAUGUUACAUGUCUUGGUUCCGAUUUCUACAAACAACAGGGCUAUCAAGGAAAUGGAGGAUCUGGGGUUUGUCUUUGAUCUAUUCAGGAUCUUGAGGAAACCAAAUUGUUUGGUGACUGGUGAGCUCGCUCUAGAUAUCAUCUUCAACAUGUUUGAGAAAAACAGAGACAGGCCCAUGGCUGAUCCGCAACUACCCACCCGUUUGUUUGCUGACCGAGAAGAGCCUGCCGGCGACAGAGUGAACAUGUACUUCAAACUCAACACCAUUAAGGUCGUGUUGAAAGCACUUCAGCCCAAAGAACUCGAUAUCAUUAGACCGUGUUUCGGGAAGUUGCUCGAUGUGUACUCUAAACCCGUGUUCUCUGGGAAAUUGGCUCAUUUUCUUCUAACCAGACAGCUUGAUGUAGUGAAGCGACAUGAAAUUUGGGUUGUGUUUGCCGGUAAACCUGUUAGAUUUUCUCUCAGGGAGUUUGGUCUGGUCACCGGUCUCAAUUGUGGUCCUCUCCCUGCGCUUGACAGAAACCUAGUCAAGUGUCCUCCCGGCGUUACGCCCUAUUGGUUCACCCUGUUUGGUGGCGAGGAGUCUUUCACUGGCGAGAUGCUGUUGGCUAAGCUGCGUAGGGCUAAGUCGCUUACCAGCGAACUGAGAAUUAAGUAUGCUUGUCUGUUACUUGUUGAUGGGUUUCUUUGCCGCAGAUCUUUCCACAUGAAGAUCCCGAAAGAACACGUGGAGAUGAUCCGGGACCUAGAUGUGUUUCUGAAAUACCCUUGGGGUCGCUACAGUUUCGAUAUGACCAUGCAGUGCAUUAAAUCAAGAUCUCUCAAUCAACUAGCUCAAGCAACUGUUGCCAUUCAAGGCGACGAAGAUGUCUUCCCGGUUAUCUCUUUGAAACUGGAUAAAGUCUGGGACCUUGACAAAGAAACCAAGGUUGAGGUUGAUGUCCUAUCUAUAAUUCCGGCUCCUGAAGAUGUUGUUGGUCUGGAGGAUUGUAGCUGGGCUGACGAAGUUCGUGACCCGGGUGUGGAACUGAUAUUACAGAAAAUUGAAGAAGGAGCUAAGUUUAAUCGUGGGAUGUUUGUAGGGGGAUAUAGAGGUGCAUAUGUUCAUGUGGAGCCUCCUCCUAGCGAAGUGAAGAAGGGAAAACGUAAAGUACGUUCCCAAUCAGGUCGUGUGUCUUCUAAGUCUAAGAAACUGAAGGUGCGUAGUGGCAGGUCUAGGCAUACCCCGUCGGACCAAAAUAGUGCUGCUUUUCUUGCGUCUGUUAAAUCUGAAAUUGAGGCUGGUAUGAAGGAAGCGCGUGGGGACUUGUUUGCUCAUGUCGCGGUUGAGUUGAAGUCUAUGGAGUUGAGGUUAGAAAAAAGUUUCAAAUAUAGCAUCUGCUCUGCAGUCGCUGAUGCUCUUCAGGCCAAGAAUGCUGUCCAGAAAAUCAUUGAAGAGGUUGGGGUUGAGUUUCCUGAUCCUUACCAACAACCACCUCCAAAUGGUUCAGCUAACCCUGGCAGGUCAAGUGUCACGCAGCAGAAGAAACCAGCAGGGGCUACAAACUUGGAUGCUUCUUCUGAAGAGGUUGAUGGGUCUACUAGUAGGGAUGAGGAUUCUAGUAGCUCCCAAACAAAUGAAGAACUCUCGACAACUGUAGCUGAGGCUGGAGAAGUCUCUAGCGGCGGCAAUGAUGUUGUUGAGGCUGUUGAAUUUGCCAGCUCUGCCAAGUUCAAGAAAUUGGUGGACCUUCUGACACCUACAAUCGAACUUGAUUUUGGUGAUGGGUUGGUUUUGAAUGAGUCUGAGAUGCGUGCGGUUGCUACCAGCAUUCCCCCUGACAAUCCGAAGGUUAUGGAUGUAUGUGUUUCUGUAUUGCGGGAAUCGCUCUUCAAAUCGGUUGAUCCUACCACUGAUCCGCGUGCUGACAUGCUGCCUUGCAAGUUUAAUGGAUCCCUUGCUCUGAUGUACUCCAAAUUCAAGAAGUGUAGGCGUAAAGAUACUUUCGAGUUUGACGCGGAUCUUCUGAGCUCGGUUACUGCUAGGUUCACUUCCCAUGGCAGAAAAUGGCUGGAGAGUAUUGAUUUUCUCUAUUCUCCUUUCAACAUUGACAAGAAUAGGUGGAUUGCAGUCAUGGUGGACUUGCCAUCGCACUCUCUCUCUGUAUUUGACUCCACAGCUGAUGUGCGUCGUGGGUCUAGACUCAAGCCAGAGCUAGAUUUCAUAUGUGACAUGUUUCCAUACCUGGUGCGAAAGUUAGGGGCAAAUGAUCUUAUGACUAGUUACCCUCUCCAUCCUUUGGCAUUUGUUCGCCACACCACGGUAGCUCAAGCCACAUCCCGUGCCAACACUGGUAUGUUAUCUAUUCUUUUUAUGGAGGCCCAUGCGCUAGGAGGCUUCGAGGAGUUGGAUCGUGUCAAUGAGUCUGGCGUUAGGGAACGUGCUGAGCAGCUAGCAGUGGAGCUAUAUGAACAUUGUUGCGGUGAUAUCGAAGAGGAGUGAACCAUUACCCUUGUUUGUUGCAACUCUAUUAUCCUAUCUUGAACUCUUGUUUUUUAUCUUUUGAUCCCAUUCUCUUCCCAUCUGUGUGACUUAUCUCUUUGUUAAAACUUACAACUCUACAUUAUGGAUAUGUAUUCGUACUCUGCGGUUAGUUACUUGUUGGGUUUAGUCCUGCUGUUUUUAACCAAUCUACUGCAAUGGUUUACGGCCCACUAAAAUAAUUGGAUAGUUUUUAA